CCACCCAGGUGUCUCUUCCACCGCUCCAGACCAUGGAUGGCUCCUUCGUGCAGCACAGCGUCAGGGUCCUGCAGGAGCUUAACAAGCAGCGAGAGAAGGGCCAGUAUUGCGACGCCACCCUGGAUGUAGGAGGCCUCGUGUUCAAAGCCCACUGGAGUGUUCUGGCCUGCUGCAGCCACUUUUUCCAGAGCCUCUAUGGGGAUGGCUCAGGGGGCAGUGUUGUCCUCCCUGCUGGCUUCGCUGAGAUCUUUGGCCUCCUGCUCGACUUUUUCUACACUGGACACCUUGCCCUCACCUCGGGGAACCGAGAUCAGGUGCUCCAGGCAGCCAGGGAGUUGCGAGUGCCAGAGGCUGUGGAACUGUGCCAGAGCUUUGAGCCCCCAAACUCAGGGGGACAGGCCCCGAAUGGCCAAGGUGGGUUGGAGAAACCUGCCUCCCCAGGUGAGAGCAGCUGCCUCAAGGAGUCAGCAGCAGACUUGGAGGAAGAGGAAGUUGGAAAGACAAUGGGUGAGGCCCCCAGGGGCCAGGAGCCCAGCAACAGUCACAGUGCUCAGAAGCCCUUGCUGGGUCCUUCUGCUCAGAAUGAAAGCCCUUCCUUCCUCCGUGGGAAUGUCAAGCAGACCCUGAAGCUUGGAUCCCCAGAGGACAAGGAGCCUGAGGACUGCAAAGUGCCCCCAAGACCUUUCGAGGCUGAAGGUGCCCAGCUGCAGGGUGGGAGUCACGAGUGGGAAGUGGUGGUCCAAGUGGAGGAUGAUGGGGAAGGUGAUUACGUGUCUGAGCCUGAGACUGUGUCUGCUAAGACGAAGUCCGAUGUAAUCACAAAGGCCUGUGCAGCUGAGCCGGCCCUGGGCUUAGGCUCCCUGGUGGCCGAGCCCAUGGAGAAUAGAAGAGGUACAGUGGGACCAGUCGAAUGCCCCACUUGUCACAAAAAGUUCCUCAGCAAAUACUAUCUGAAAGUCCACAACAGGAAGCAUACUGGAGAGAAACCCUUUGAAUGUCCCAAAUGUGGGAAGUGUUACUUCCGGAAGGAGAACCUCCUGGAGCAUGAAGCCCGGAACUGUAUGAACCGCUCAGAACAGGUCUUCACGUGCUCUGUGUGCCAAGAGACCUUCCGUCGGAGGAUGGAGCUGCGAGUGCACAUGGUGUCCCACACAGGGGAGAUGCCCUACAAGUGUUCCUCCUGCUCCCAGCAGUUCAUGCAAAAGAAGGACUUGCAGAGCCACAUGAUCAAGCUGCAUGGAGCUCCUAAACCCCAUGCCUGUCCCACCUGUGCCAAGUGCUUCUUGUCGAGAACAGAGCUACAGCUGCAUGAGGCCUUCAAGCAUCGUGGUGAGAAGCUGUUCGUGUGCGAGGAGUGUGGGCACAGGGCCUCCAGCCGCAACGGUCUGCAGAUGCACAUCAAGGCCAAGCACAGGAAUGAGAGGCCCUAUGUCUGUGAGUUCUGCAGCCAUGCCUUCACCCAGAAGGCCAACCUCAACAUGCACUUACGCACGCACACAGGGGAGAAGCCCUUCCAGUGCCACCUCUGUGGCAAGACCUUCCGAACCCAAGCCAGCCUGGACAAGCACAACCGUACCCACACUGGCGAGAGGCCCUUCAGCUGUGAGUUUUGUGAGCAGCGCUUCACCGAGAAGGGGCCACUCCUGCGACACGUCGCCAGUCGCCACCAGGAGGGCCGGCCUCACUUCUGCCAGAUCUGUGGGAAAACCUUCAAAGCCGUGGAGCAGCUGCGUGUGCAUGUCAGGAGGCACAAAGGAGUGAGGAAGUUCGAGUGCACAGAGUGUGGCUACAAGUUCACUCGGCAGGCUCACCUUCGGAGACACAUGGAGAUCCAUGACCGAGUGGAGAACUAUAACCCGCGGCAGCGGAAACUCCGGAACCUGAUAAUUGAGGACGAGAAGAUGGUGGUGGUGGCUCUCCAGCCACCCGCCGAUUUGGAGGUGGGCUCAGCCGAGGUGAUCGUGGAGUCCCUGGCCCAGGGUGGCUUGGCCUCCCAGCUCCCUGGCCAGAGACUGUGUGCAGAUGAGAACUUUGCUGGCCCAGGUGUCAUGGAGCCCUCACUCAUCAUCACAGCUGCCAUUCCUGAGGACUCGGACACGUAGUCCACCCUGCCACUGUGGCCCCAUCUCCAAAUAAACCACAUGACUUUGGACU